AUGUACAGCCGGUAUCCAAACCAGCAAAAGGAGCACCGCCAUCCACCGGCCCCAAUGCUUCAUCGAUCCGGGGUGCAGCAGCUGCGGCACCCACUCCAUCACCGCCAAACUUGCGCACAGACUCAGCGACACCAGAACGCGGUCCAGAGUCGUGUCGAGCUUCGAGUCAAGGACCAUGCGCGCCGGCAGCACGACCGUGUCGUGAGCCGUCUCGCAUGGCAAGAGCAGCUCGUCUCCCCCCAAUGGCUCCACCAGCCGCCGCUUGUCGUCGUCCACGUCUUCGUUGCGCUCAUUGACCUCGUCGGUCGCAUCUACCACACCGAUCUCGUCACAGUUGGCACCGUCAUUGACGUCGCCACUGUCCAUGUCAUCACCGUCAGCGUGUUCAGUUUCACCGCCGGUACUAUUGUCAUCGUCUGUAGCCAGUUCUGUGGCCAGUUCGGCUGCAAUAUUCGCCGCCCCUUCAACGUCUCUGUCGUCCUGCUUGAUCACCUCCAGUCCGGGCUCAGAGCCUUCGAAUGCUCGCUCCCGCUCUCGGUGCACGACGACGACCACUCCACUGCUCUCCCGGCCGUUCGCCAGGCCGACCACGCCCGCGCGCAGGUUGUCGAGCUGCGGCGUCAGGAGCAGCUGGUUCGUACGCAGCAGUGUGCCCAGCAAGAACGUGUCGGAGUUGUUGUCUUUGCCGUCCGUCGCCGUGGUCUCCUCAUCCUGGUCCAGAUCGCCCUGCACGAGCUUGUCGACGGCCGUCUCGAGAAUGUCGAGCGCUUGGCCAAUAACCGCCUGGCGCUGGGUAUCAAUGUCGUGGGCGAUCUUGGCGCGCAGGGGCAGGUUGGGCAGCGUGGGCAGCGGGCCCGUGAGCUGCGCGGCGGCGAUCUUGGUGGCCUCCUUGAAGAUUCUGUCGCGCUGGAAGACGUAGGCAACGUAGAUCCAGAACACCAGGUCGCGGCUGCUGUCCUUGCUGGACGGUGCGCUCUUGCUGUGGAGCUCGUCGACCCAGCGGUCGGCAUAAAUCUCAACAGCGUCCUGCAGCUUGAGCUUGUCGACCACCACGGCAAUGCGUGCCAGCGCCUCCAACGAGACAGUCUUGGGCACACGGUCCUUGCCGCCGCGGCCGUGCACAAUGUUCAGCACAGUCGUCGUGGCGUCGGCGUCGAGGCCGUCAAGAACAAUAUGGAUGCGGCCGUCCGACUCGUCGGUGGCGGUGGUAGUGGCCGCUUGCUUGCGCCACAGCGAGUUCGGGCUGGCCGGCGGCGUCGUAACGCCGUUGGACUGCUUCCCGCUGCCAUUGGUGUUCGCGGCCGCAGCCGUCUUCUGGGCAAGGAUGUCGCGGAAACGCGGCGACGCCAGGCUUAG